AUGGGUUUAAACUUCUUAAACUUGGAAGACCAGCUUGCAUUUUACGGGCAAUAUCAUAACAAUAAGGUUAACGUUGCUAUUCAUAUCGUAUUUGUUCCUCUCAUCUUAUGGACCACUUUAGUCGUGGCUGCAAACUCGGGUCCAUUACUACCCUAUGAUCCAAAUUCAGUGUUGAAUUUAAUUCCAUUGGUUCCAAAUGCGGCACUACUUAUCGUGUUAUUUUAUAUUACAUUUUAUCUAUUGCUAGAGCCCGUUGCAGGGGCUCUCUAUGCCCCCCUCUUAUUAUACCUGGCAUAUAAUGCCACAAAUUUUGCUGCCGCCUACCCUAAUAACAUCACAAUUGCCUCAAUUGUACAUGUUAUUUCUUGGAUCAUACAAUUUAUUGGUCAUGGAUUUUUUGAGAGAAGAAGUCCUGCGCUAAAAGAUAAUGUGGUGCAAGCCCUCCUUCUCGCACCUUUAUUUGUUUGGUUAGAAAUUCUUUUUACUUUUCGAUAUCGAAAAGAUUUACAAAAAAGGGUGAAAGACAAAGUUGGCAAGGCGAUUACUAAAUUCAGAAUAGAGCAACGCAAAAAGGUCGAAUAA